CCCAGUCAACGUCGACAUCCUCCAUCGCGCAUCUCAUCUUUCUUCUUAUCGUCCCACUCUCCUUGUUCACCAUGCCGACAGACGCUGACCUCGGCACGCCUCCGCGCUCCGGCACGCCUACAAGCCGCCCAUCACUCUCCCGCUCCACCUCGUCGCUCAGCGGCAUUGCCAGCCUCGGCGUUGAGCGCGUCGGCGAGAACUGGUCGGAAGGCUUGGUACUGCUCGACGUGAUUGAGACGUUCUUCGACUCCCGUCUCGAUCUCUGGGAACGCCGUCUCAAAAAGUCUUCGCGUCAGAUCAAGCGGCGCGCGGCCGAGCUCGUGCCCAAGGGCUUGCGGACUCCUAAGGGGAGCAUGGUCGUGCUCGACGACAGCGGGGACGACACCUCGGGCUCAGCGCCGAACAUACUGACCAAGCGCGCGGUGCGGCACAAGCAGGACGUUGAGCGCGAGCUCUCCCGCCUCAAGGUCAACAUCGCUGACCGUGUCAAUCGCCUCUCCGCCAGCUGGGCGAGUGACUCGGUGGUGCGCACUCGUGAAAAGUUCUCCUUCGUUCUCGGCGUUUGCACGCUUGCUGGCACCUGCCUUCUGUGGGGCCUCGCACCUACAUGGUUCCCCGCCACCUACACUGUACAAGCUCUCAUCUAUCUCACAUGGCGCAUCUACAGCUACAAAAAGAAGCAUUUCCACUACUUCCUUUUCGAUCUGUGUUAUUUUGUUAAUGUCCUGGAUAUGGUGUGGCUCUGGUUCUUCCCGUCUUCUACGGUUCUAUUCAUCUGCAGCUACUGCCUCACCAUGGGCCCUCUAGCUAGCGCCAUUAUUACAUGGCGCAACUCUCUCGUUUUCCACUCCAUUGACAAGGUUACUAGCUUGUUCAUUCACAUUUACCCUCCCUUGGUGUUCGGCAUCAUCCUUUUCCGCUACCCCAACGCGGGCGAGCGGUAUCCCGGUAUCGUCAAUGUUAACGACUACGGUUGGGUGCAGCGCAUCGCCCUGUCGGCCGUCCCGUACUGCCUGUGGCAGCUCUCCUACUGGAAGUUCAUCUCUGUUGACCGCCAUGACAAGAUCGCCAGCGGACAGCGCGAGAACUCAUUCCAUUACCUUCUGCACGACAAGCACAAUCCUAUUGGCCGCGCCUUGCGCGGGAUCAAGGAAACGCACCGCGAGACAUGGUUCAUGUUUGGGCAGCUGAUCUACUCAAUCAUUUUCAUGAUUCCCGCUUCCACGCUCUUUCUGCACAACGCGACGGCGACGUACAUCUGCCUGGCCGUGCUCUUUGUCGUGAGCACGUGGAACGGGGCAUCGUUCUACGUCGAGGUGUUCGGCCGCAAGUUUGCGCGCGAGCUUGAGAAGCUCCGGAAGGAGAUGGACGCGAUGAGCGCGACAUCAUCUAACUCAUCAGGCCGCUCCCCGAGUAACCCAUCCACUCCGGCGGCCGACGAGAACAUGCCCGUUAAGGACCGGUUGGACGCACUGGCGAACUCGCCGCUCAUUCUCCCCGCCCCCAACACUCCCGACGUGUCAGAGCUUCCCCCGCUCGACAGGGUUAAGGCAGAGUAGCAGGCGUUUUUUGGGGAGAGAACAGGAUUAAUGAGAUGACAGAAGUGCAGAAGUGGUGAACGAGAGGCGGCGGAGGAGUGAUCACCUCAGCUGUGUGUAUGCCUCCUCCUCGUCGUAAUAUCAUGUUGAGGUAGUUUGCUUUCAUUUUCACAAAUCAGCAUGCGACGAGAGUGACGUAGGGGA